AUGAGUUACCACUACGGCGUUCCGCCGUCCCAUUACACCAAAUACUACGGAAACUCGUCGCCGUACAGCAGCGCCGAGUACGUCCACUACGCCCCCCAGUACGAUUCAACACCCAAGAAACACGCGCGAAGGACCAGCUACACGCCCUCCCCUCGAGUGGGAGGCUGGUAUUCGCCUGCGGGCUCACCACCACCCCACCACGACCCCAACGUCCAGUAUUCUGCACCGCGGGAUGAUAUCUAUGUGAGUGAGGCAAGGGGCAAGGCCCGCAACUAUGAGAGCUACAGCACAUUUCCUGGCUCAAGAUAUCAUACCCGUUCAUCAUCGCGCAAGCAGAAUCAGCCCAUCUUUGUCUACGACGAUGACGCUGAAUAUGCACGAGUGCAGGCAAACUACGUCUACCGAGAACCAAAAUCCAAGCCCAAGCACGCGAAGAAGCCAAGCACUGACACCUACUUUUACUAUGGGCAGGAGCAGAUUAUUGACGAACAGCCAAAGCGUUCGAGGGCGCGACGGGCCUCAACCACCUCGAAGCCCACCCCCAAGUCCAAACCCAAACCGACACCGCAGGCAACCGAGGAGGACGCCAUCCGCGCCGGCAUCCCCGCAGGCUACUCUAUCAAGCAUUGGGAUCCUACCGAGCUGCCCAUCAUCUUGCUGGGCAGCGUCUUCGAUGCCAACUCGCUUGGCAAAUGGAUCUACGAUUGGACAGUCUUCCACCACGGUGCCUCUACCCCCAUCGCCGAUAUCGCCGGCGAGCUCUGGCUCCUCCUCAUCAAAUUGGCGGGUAAGAUGAAGCGAGCCGAAGAAUGUAUAGACCGGAUCCGCAACCUGGAGAAACAGGAAACCGUCGAGGAUUUCAUCAUCAGUGGCAAACGCCUUUGGGAGAAGUUCAAGGCACUCCUUAAGGAUUGCGAACACUUCAUGCUCAAGGCCGCCAAACGUGAAGGCUCCAAGACUAUGGGCAAGAAGGCAGGCACCGAGUUUGUCGACUCCAUCUUCGGUCGCGAUCGCCACCUCGAGGCAACAGAGAAGAUCAUGAACCAGAUUCGUCUCUGGAACAUGCGCUUCGAUGUCAACUGCGAGGAGACGUUGCGCAGACCAUCGGUUGCCUAA